GGCGUUUUUGGGACCAAAGGACAUAUUCCCUUACUCUGAAAAUAAAGAUAAAUAUGGCAAACCAAAUAAAAGAAAGGGUUUUAAUGAAGGGUUGUGGGAAAUUGACAACAAUCCCAAAGUGAAGUUCUCUCAUCAGCCGUCCCAUCCAGCUGUUAACACUCCUAUCAAAGAAACUGUUCAAGAAAGCAGUCAGGAGCCUGCUGAGGGCAGUGAAGAAAAAGCAGGAGCCAAAAGAAGAAAGUCUUCUGUCCCCAAAUUAUCCCCUAAAGGGAAUAGUAACUUACCUGCAGAAGCAGAAACAGAAGAAAAGGAGAUGGAUACUUCAAAGGAAGAUGAUCUGCCUUCUGAAAAAAGCAGUAAAGAAGAUGUGAUGAAAACAAAUGAUUCUUCUAUUCCUAAAGCUGCUAGAAGAGGAAGAAAACGAAAGGCUGAUAAACAAGCUGAAGCUGAGGAAGCAGCAGCUGUGGUAACUGCAGCAGUGGCUGCAGCAGCUCCUGUGCCGGGAUCUCCAAAAGUAAGCCCCAAGAGAGGAAGACCAGCAGCUCCUGACAUAAAGGUUCCAAAACCAAGAGGGAGACCCAAGUUGGUGAAACCACCUUGUCUUUCAGAGGGUGACUUUGUUAAUGAGGAGGAGAAGGCAAAGAAAAAAGGACCAGAAGAAAAGUCUAAAAAGCAAGGGAAAAAAGAUGAGGAAAGCCAGAAAGAAGAGGACAAAUCAAAGAAGGAAUUUGACAAAAAGGAGGGAAAGAAAGAGGCCGAACCAAAAAGGAAAAAUGCUGCGAAAGUAGGUUCUGCAUCAACUUCUGGUUCUGAAGAUGAAGGAGAAGAACAAGAAGGUGACAAGAAGAAAAAAGGGGGAAGAAGUUUUCAGGCAUCUCAUAGAAGAAACAUUGUAAGAGGCCAACAUGAGAGAGAAGCAGCAGAGAGAAAGCGUAAGCAAGAGGAACAGACGGAGUCUGAAUUGCAGAGUAAAGAAGAAGGCAAGAAAACAGAAGUUAAGAAGAUGGAGAAGAAGAGAGAAACAUCAAUGGAUUCCAGGCUUCAGAGGAUACAUGCAGAAAUUAAGAAUUCCCUGAAAAUUGAUCAUCUUAAUGUGAACAGGUGUAUUGAGGCUCUCGAUGAGCUUGCAUCCCUUCAAGUCACAAUGCAACAAGCUCAGAAACAUACAGAGAUGAUUCUGACUCUGAAGAAGAUACGGAAAUUCAAAGUCAGCCAAGUUAUCAUGGAGAAAUCUACAAUGCUAUAUAACAAGUUCAAGACCAUGUUCCUGGUUGGGGAAGGGGAUUCUGUUCUUUCCCAAGUACUAAAUAAAUCACUUGCUGAGCAGAAGCAGCACGAGGAAGCCAACAAAACCAAAGAACAGUGGAAGAAAGGAACAAACAAAAAAAUGGAAAAGGAAAAAGAAAAGGACCAAACAGGUCCAAAGGUUCUGAACGGAGGGUCUGAAGCUCAGGAUACCAACCAGUCACAACACAGUGGAGAGGACACUGGGGAAAAGAAAGACAAGCAUGAAGUUGGCAGUAAGAAAAAGACAUGUGGUGAAGAGAGUGAGCUUGAAAACCCAGCAGAAGAUUCUGCCUUUGAAAGCAAAUGAUGCCACUGGAGUCUUUUUUUUUUUUAAAGUACAAAUUAAAGAGGCUUGUUCAGUUUUGCAUUUGAAACCUAUAGACUGCUGAAAGUUUUAAAUAAUUUUAUAAGCAUAGUAUUUUAAAGUUAAAUUUUGUGGAAUAAAAGCCCCUUUAACCUUAGUUUAAAAAUAUUUAAACACUUUUGCCAAUAGUUUUGUCCAGUAUUAACAGGCAAUGCCUUUUAAAUGAUGAAAAUUCCAGUUAGAAAAACAAAUGCUUACAUGUUACAGGACUUAGAGUUGUAGUAUAUUUUUAUCUGACUACUGUAUGUUUGUUUAGCUAAUAGCAGGAGAAAGUGUAAAUACUUUUAACUGCCUAAUUGCUUCGUUUGUAUAAAACCUACUCUCCC